AUGGGAAUGCAGAGCGUGGCUGUGGCUUGUGGGGCACUGGCCUUGUGCCUGGCACUCAGCACAGCCACCAACCCCGGCUUUGUGGUGAGGAUCACCCAGGCAGGCUUGGACUACGCCCAAGAGCAGGGGAUUGCGAUCCUGCAGAAGGAGCUGGCCCAGCUGAAGCUGCAAGACUUCUCGGGUAAAUCGGGGAAGGUGCACUAUUCAUUCUCCAGGCUGCACAUUCCCACUUUCCGCUUGCCACACUCACGGAUUACCCCGGUCCCCAAUGUGGGCCUGCAGGUCUCCAUCUCCAACGCCUUUGCUGAGCUGAAUGGGGACUGGCGGGUGAAGUUUCUCUUUAUCAAGGGACAUGGAUCUUUCAACCUGAAGGUAGAAAAUGUCAACUUGAAAAUCAUCCUGAGGCUGGGCAGUGACACCACUGGGAGGCCCACCAUCAGCACCUCAGACUGCAGUGCCCGCAUUUCCAAUGUCCGGGUGCGCUUUUCUGGCAAGCUUGGGUGGCUUUACAACCUCUUCCACCGCGUUAUUGAGAGGAAGUUGCGAAAGAAUUUAGAGAGCAAGGUGUGUGACAAUGUGGCCAAGUCUGUGCACAAUGAGCUACAGACGUACAUCCAGACGCUGCCAGUCACAGCCAAGAUAGAUAACAACUUUGGUAUUGAUUAUUCCUUGGUGGCACCCCCAAGAGCUACACCCAAGUCCUUGGACCUGGACCUGAAGGGUGAAUUCUACUCCCUGGCCCACCGCUCCCCCGUCCCCUUCUCACCGCUGCCGCUGGCCUUCCCCUCGGAUCACGAGCGCAUGGUUUACUUUGGAGCCUCCAGCUACUUCUUCAACACAGCCGGCAUUGCCUACCACGAGGCUGGGGCACUGGUCUUUGAAAUCACAGAGGCCAUGAUCCCAAAGGAAGCGAGAUUCAGUUUGGACACCUCUAUCUUCUCAGCCUUCAUUCCCCAGCUGGAGGAGAAGUAUCCAAACAUGCCAAUGAAGUUCAGGCUGUCCGCUCCCACUGCUCCAUUCCUGACUAUUGGACCAGGAGGAAUCUCAUUCCAGCCCAUUGUGGAUAUCCAGGCUUAUGCCAUCCUUCCCAACUCCAAACUGGCUCCUCUCUUCCUCCUCAGCCUGACAGGGAACGUGUCCGCUGUCAUCAACGUGAGAUCCGGCCGCAUAGUUGGGAGCCUGGAUGUGGGCAGGAUCAGGCUCUCUCUGAAGGAUUCAGCUGUUGGCACUUUCCAGGUGCAAUUUCUGCAGUCCAUAAUGAACAUCCUGACUUCCAAUGUUCUCCUGCCACAUCUUAAUGCCCGCUUAGAUGAGGGUUUCCGUCUGCCACUGCCGGACAGGAUUCAGCUCUCCAAUAUCCUUGUGAGGUUCCACCAGAAUUUCCUGCUGCUUGGAGCAGACGUUCGCUUCCAGCCCCGGGGGUUCCUGUUUUGGCUGGGAUAUAAAGGUGGUGUGGGCAGGGAGAGCCCUGCACAACGUGGCAUGUGGGCAGCCAGGAUGGGAAUGCAGAGCGUGGCUGUGGCUUGUGGGGCACUGGCCUUGUGCCUGGCACUCAGCACAGCCACCAACCCCGGCUUCGUGGUGAGGAUCACCCAGGCAGGCUUGGACUACGCCCAAGAGCAGGGGAUUGCGAUCCUGGAGAAGGAGCUGGCCCAGCUGAAGCUGCCAAACAUCUCGGGUAAAUCGGGGGAGUUGCACUAUUCACUCUCCAGGCUGCACAUUCCCACUUUCCGCUUGCCUCACUCACGGAUUACCCCGGUCCCCAAUGUGGGCCUGCAGGUCUCCAUCUCCAACGCCUCUGUUGAGCUGAAUGGGGACUGCUGGGUGAAGUUUCUCUUUAUCCGUGGGCCCGGAUCUUUUGACCUGAAGGUGGAAAAUAUCUCAAUCAAAUUCAUCCUGAGGCUGGGCAGGGACACCACUGGGAGGCCCACCAUCAGCACCUCAGACUGCAGUGCCCGCGCCUCCAAAGUCGGGUUGCGCUUUUCUGGCAAGCUUGGGUGGCUUUACAACACAUUCAAGAAGACUGCUACAUCCCUGUUGCAGAAGCAUUUAGGGACCACGGUGUGUGACAAUGUGGCCAAGUCUGUAAAAAACAAGCUCCAGAAGCAGGUCCAGACGAUGCCAGUCACAGUCAGGAUAGAUGACAAGAUUGGGAUCAAUUACUCCUUGGUGGCACCCCCAAGAGCAACUGCCCAGUCUCUGGAUGCAGACCUGAAGGGUGAAUUCUACUCCCUGGCCCACCGCUCCCCCGUCCCCUUCUCACCGCUGCCGCUGGCCUUCCCCUCGGAUCACGAGCGCAUGGUUUACUUUGGAGCCUCCAGCUACUUCUUCAACACAGCCGGCAUUGCCUACCACGAGGCUGGGGCACUGGUCUUUGAAAUCACAAAGGCCAAGAUCCCAAAGGAAGCGAGAUUCAGUUUGGACACCUCUGUCUUCUCAGCCUUCAUUCCCCAGCUGGAGGAGAAGUAUCCAAACAUGCCAAUGAAGUUCAGGCUGUCCACUCCCACUGCUCCAUUCCUGACUAUUGGACCAGGAGGAAUCUCAUUCCAGCCCAUUGUGGAUGCCCAGGCUUAUGCCAUCCUUCCCAACUCCAGCCUGGCUCCUCUCUUCCUCCUCAGCCUGACAGGGAACGUGUCCGCUGUCAUCAACGUGAGAUCCGGCCGCAUAGUUGGGAGCCUGGAUGUGGGCAGGAUCAGGCUCUCUCUGAAGGAUUCAGCUGUUGGCACUUUCCAGGUGCAAUUUCUGCAGUCCAUAAUGAACAUCCUGACUUCCAAUGUUCUCCUGCCACAUCUUAAUGCCCGCUUAGAUGAGGGCUUCCCUCUGCCACUUCUGGACAGGAUUCAGCUCUCCAAGAUCCUUGUGAGGUUCCACCAGAAUUUCCUGCUGCUUGGAGCAGACGUUCGCUUCCAGCCCCGGGGAUGAAGACAGGGUGAUGAGAGCCCUUCAGCACUAAAUCUGCUCCAUUCACCACUUUGCCCUUCCCUGCCUGAGCUGAAGACCACCAGUCCUGCCACUGUCCUGCACUGCUGCCUUGGCCCAGACCCUCCAUCCUCCUGCUGGGGCC